AUGUUUUUCACCGGAGAUGUGAGGCCCACCACAUCGCGGCAUCUCACAACGUCUGUGAGCACUGAGCCCCAGACCACAAUUUCGUUCCCCUGCGUCUUGAUGCCGCGGAAGCAACGCAAAUACGUCCGGGUCAACCUACGUCCGAAUCGCGCGCGCUCGACCCUCACCCGACCUCACCUCAAUACUCCUCUGGACUAUGCACCGCAAUUUGGUGGAAAGCAUGCUCACUCAAGGUAUCCGUACGGAUACAUCCACCACUGCCACACACCCAGGCUCGACAAACGACCCCAUGAACAAUACAACUAUAGACACAUCAUGCCUCGCCAAGGGGAGGCACAGAACCUUACUGGGAGAAACUUGGUGGUAAGGCAAGCUUUCACACCACCUCUCUGGGCUGAGUUCCACACAAGACCAACCGAAGCCAUCGUCCAGCCAGAUGCUGCAUCGAGCUGCCAGGCGAACCCCACCUUCUCGGCCUCUGCAACAUUCGCAAUAGAGCAAUGGGAGCCAUUCACAGGCCUGCCCGUCCAUGUGUGA